CACAAACAGUUCGCAUCAAAAACUCCAAAUUAUCCGUAAAUCCGUGCGAAAAAAACAGUGAAAAAUCACGAAAAUUCGUGGAAAAAUCAAGCAAAAAACGCAUCUCAAAGACAAACAAAGAACAAUUGUGAACUGUGAAAAAGAAAAGAGAAAAAAAAGUGAACACGAAAAGUGAUUUUAUUUGUAAUAAUAAUUUUUGUGUGAGUAUAGAGCCAAUGAAUGUACAAAAAAAAAACAUACGAAAUCGUAGAAAAAGGCAACGCGCUGGAUUUUUUAAAGAAAUUUCAAAAGUUAUAAUUACCGUGAACAACGUUGUAAUUAAUCAAAAAAUAAACUCGACAAACAAGAAAAAAAGUAGCGGAAAAGUGUAAACAGCAAAAAAAAAAUAUCUAAUGACAAAAAGAGAAUAAAUAAAUAAAAAUAUUAAAAGAGGUAAUAAAGUGUCAUGUUAAAAAAAACGCACAUUGCGAGAGAAAAAAAAUUGUAAUUGGCUUCAUUUUUGCUAAUUGAUUGCCUUAAAUAAUAUAAUUACAAAGUAUAAAUGUGACGACGAGUGGUCGAGAGAAUCGCCACGAUCAUUAUUCGCAUUACCUGUCGUCAUCGUCGUCGGAUGUCGAGCGUCGGACAGCGACAUAGCAAUCAAUUAGUGUGCUGUAUACUCCAACUAAAUGUGAUUUCGAAAAAGUGCUGUUUAAUUUAAUGUUUGGAUUCACGGCAAUUAUUAAGUGUGAGUUGUGCUAAUAUUAUUAUUAUAUUGCCCCGUACGCAAAUAGUACACGAAAUAACACAAAAAUUCAUAGUUUCGCGUACAUGUGAAUGUGGAAAAAGAAACAAAAUACGAACAACUCGAAUAAAUAUUCGAACGGCAGCAAACGAGGCAACAACAAUUAAAAUACACGCCGGACGACGACGAUACAAGCAGCAGUGAGCAGAAUCGGUGUCGAGUACAACCGAAUAUUAAGUGGAAUAUUAUUGAAGAGGUGUGUAAGAUUUAAGAUGGUGUUAUUGGCCUGUGGGCCAGGGCUUGGCCCAUCAGUAUCGUCAAGCGUUGUCAAGUGUGAAGCAGUUGCAAAGAAGGAAGUUGUUGUUGGUAGUUCACGCGCUCAAAAGACACAAAUUCGAUUGGGGUUCGAGGGUCCGCUGUGUGCGGUCGCCCCAAUUUUUCCGUCUGUAUGGAUUCAAUGAAACGCGGUGAGGCGAACAUCAGCCACCACCCAAAAAAGGUGGUUUCAAACAACGUAGUAACGGAUAGCAAUAAACUUAGUACUUCAAACAAUAACAAAGCGCCAGCAAAAACGCAACAACAAGAAUCGUCGAAAGCGACAACGGAACCCAAGCAAGAAACCAAUUUCGAGGAUUACGAUAACGAAUGGGACGUCGGCAUCGGUGACUUGAUCAUUGAUUUAGAUGCUGACAUCGAAAAGUCCACGCAACAAAGCAACAGUAGUGCCGGAAGUCUCGCAUUGUCAUCCGGUAACGUCGAAAAAACGACGCCCAACAAAAAUAAUAACAAUAAUUCGAAGAACGCGAUUAAAGCGAACAAGGAUCCCUUGGCAAUUCCAAAGGCACUCAUCGCCAAAAGUGUCACAAAGUUAGAGCAGGUCAAGCAAACAGCUGCAAAUAUUGCGGGAAAGGACCAAAAGAAAAUUAGUGGGCAAACGGGCACUGUAAGCACCCCAGUUGGCGCAACAGGAGCAUCCACAGCCGCUAAAACGUCGUCUUCAUCCAAAGUGAAUGACUCGAGUUCCUCGUCGUCGUCGAGCAACUCAAAACAUCAUCAUCACUCCUCAUCUUCUUCCUCAUCUUCAUCUUCGUCAUCAUCAUCUUCGUCGUCGUCGUCGUCGUCGCAUCAUCACAAAAGCAGCAGCAGCAACUCAAACAGCGGCGUCGCCACGAACGUUUCUUCUCUAAAGCCAGAGAAUUUAUCGUCUUCGUCGACAUCUACCUCCGCCGUAGAGAAAAUGUCUUCAGCAAGCAGCUCUGGCACGAAUAGUAAAUCAGCUGGAAAGUUAUCAGCUGCAACGACAGUCGUCGAUCAUCAAGCCACACUCGACAAAGGACUCAAAAUGAAAAUCAAACGAACGAAACCCGGCACAAAAACGAGCGAAGCCAAGCACGAGAUUGUCAAGGCGGAACAAAAUGGCGCCGCAAGCGGUCUAGACUCCGACACAAACAGCUCGAACAGCAACAACAGCGCCAGCGGCGGCAAGAAACACAAUACUUCGUUACCCGCCGCAGCAAAUGCGACACAAAUUGUCGUGCCCGGGACACCAACGACGCCAAAUUCGGCGAAUUCGACAUCGGCAACGACGCCGCAAUCCAAUAAACGAGGCAGCAGUAGCCAUCGACGUGAUAAACAAAAAGACAAGAAAGACAAAAGUGAUCAUAGCACGAGUUCGUCGUGCAGUUGCCCAGCGCCAUCUGUUGACGGGAAUGCCGCAGUAAAUGGCGUUGUGACGUGCUCGAGUUCAACGUGCAAGAAUCGUAAUGCAGAUUCGCUCAGUUUGCGACUUUCGGGCAAUUUGGGACUCAAUUCGAGUAACUCGAAUAACUUUCCGCUUGUUACGCCGAACUCAGGAUCCCUCAAGGAUAAAGUGCCCCCCUUAAUUAUUCAUUCAUCUUCACAGAUCUCUUCCGCGACGUCUCUCGCGCCAUCUGGCGCCUCCGCAUCAAACACAUCAACUUCCAACAGUAACACAAACUCAUCCAGCGCCAACAACAAAUCAAACACAAGUACACUCAUAUCCGCUUCCAACAAUGUCGUCAUGGGAAAUCGCGAAAAUGCAUUUAAUUCGAGUAGUAGCAAAAAUUUAGUUCAAUCAAAUUCGUUGUACGAUGAGAAAAGUUCGUCGGGCAGCAGUUCGGGACGUUGUUCGCCGCCGUUGAAGCGCAUCAAGUGCGAACCGAGCGAUAUGGUAGAUGCGUGUGUGGGCACGAGCGUUGGCACGAUCACGGAGCCCGAUUGCUUGGGACCUUGCGAACCGGGUACGUCAGUGACGUUGGAGGGAAUUGUUUGGCAUGAAACUGAAGGAGGAGUUCUCGUUGUAAAUGUGACAUGGAGAGGAAAAACUUAUGUAGGAACGUUACUUGAUUGUACGAGGCAUGAUUGGGCUCCUCCAAGAUUAUGUGAUUCACCAACCGAAGACUUGGAUUCGCGAACACCAAAAGGGCGCGAAACUCGUAGCUCGGUAAACAGCAAACUGCGAAACGGAGGAAACAACAAACGCGGAGGCCGUACCUCAACGACAGGCUCGGCAACAUCAACGACAAACAGCAGCAGCACGUCGUCGUCUGCGAAUUCGAAUAGCUCGAGCGGCACAUCGACGACAAACAGCUCAAAUACCUCGACUCCGUCACCGAAUACUGGUGCGUUUUUACCUCCGCGCCCCGAAAAGCGCAAAUCAAAAGAUGAAAGUCCUUCGCCGCUGAAUGGAAACGCAUCCGGCGGCAAUGGUUCCGCGGCGCAAGGACAAACAGCGACUUCAGGGGCGAUCACACAGAGCGUAGUUAACCCCGUGACGGGACAAAAUGUACAAAUUUCCACAAAAAAGUGUAAAACGGCGUCGCCGUGUGCCGUAUCGCCCGUCUUGCUCGAAUGCCCGGAACAGGAUUGCAGCAAGAAAUACAAGCACGCGAACGGCUUGCGUUACCAUCAAAGUCACGCGCACGGCAGUAUCUCAUCGAUGGAUGAGGAUUCGAGCCACAGCCAAUUACCCGAGUCACCGCAAAGACUGAAUCCGCCGUCGACGCCGUCAUCGCCGGGCUUGGAAAAAACACAAAGUAACACCAAUAGCAGCAGCAGCAGCACGCAAAAUACUCCGAGCGCGACAAAUUUAUCGGCGCCCGAAACGCCAACGAAACCGCCUGAAACGCAACAAACGCCCGCGACAACGCCGUCUCCCAUGAGUGUCGAUGGUCCCGUUUCUGUCGUUGGAGGCAGCAUAACGACAGGCAUCGCCGGACAACCAACCAACAGUCUCCCGACGACCCCUUCAAGUGAUAACAAACCCUUAGGAAGCCCCUUGCGACCCGGAGAUCUCACACUAAAAGCCAAGUCAAGUAUCCUCCGAUAUCAUCACGGCGAAAUUCCGCAUGCGAUUGAGACAAUGGCAACCUCACAUCACGUCUCUGCCGGCAAUGGAGCUCUAAAUUUGAUCGAAAGACCGUUGUUACAUCAUCAGCAGCAACAACAACAAGUACCGUCGCAGCAACAACAACCCAUUCCGAUGAUGACACAUCACAACACGUCGUCGUCGUCGUCAACACUGAGUGCGUUAUCGGCAUCCCUCAAUGCCGCCCCCAUGCAAAUGCGCCCCUUAACGGGUCUUUUGGGACCAACUUCCGGACAAAUUGCUGCCAAUCAAGCGCAUAUUACGGACUUGAGUGUGCAGAAUCCGGCGCUUUUAAAGGGACCUAGCGGAUUUACGAAGCCAAAUAGUAAGAAAAAUCGCAAAUCUCCGGGUCCAAAUGACUUUGACAACUCCAUAAAUCGCGAUGAUGUACAAAGUCCCGCCUAUAGUGAUAUUUCCGAUGACUCGACGCCCCAAAUUGUGGAUGGAGAAGACAAAUCAAAAAACAUCGCAGCGACAUCCGACGUUCUCACGGGAAAAAAGUCAAAUGAGGGUCCGAAUGCUGUGACGGGAGCUGCGGGAAAUCCUCCGCUCGGGCCUUUAAGCAGUUACGGCAUGUAUCCCAUGUAUCCGAAUAUGCCGCCAUACUAUCCGCCAGGGCAUCCGGAUGCUGGCAAACCAAUUCCGAUACCGCAAUCGCCAUCGUCGGGCACAAAUCGCGAUCCAAAGGACAAUGCACCCCCUUUAGAUCUAAUUAACAAGCCUUUGCAACAACAAAAUAGUGAUAACAAUGGGAAUCUGCAACCGCUGAUGCAGCAGGCGAAGGAUUCGCUACAAUCUAACAUUCCGACAACGACGCAAGGAGCGCCGGGAGGACCGCCGCAGGGACCUCCGGGAAAAAUGCCGCAACAUUACUUUCCAUUAGGAUAUCCACUCUCGUACCCGUUCAACAUGGAUCCCGCUUACGGUCCAGUGCCAAUGAUGACAGAUGCGGAAAAAAUGCGAGCGAUGGCUGUCGCUGAAGCUGUCAACAUCAAAGAAGAACGCAACAAAGAGAGUUCUAGUCCAAAUGAUCAUCCAAAAUCAGGAACACAGCAAUCAUUGCAGGGAAAAAUCAUAAAAUCGGAGCCAUUAUCACUCAAAGACAUAAAGACUGAAGUUGGGCAUUCGGGUUCGCCGAUGCAUCCAAUGUAUCAACGGCAUAGUUUAGGACCUCCGUCACAUUUGGCGAGAGAAGAGGAAUUAAGACGAUUUUACCAAUAUUCGCCGAAUCAACGAAGAUCUAGUCAUCCCGGCGGACCUCCAGUUUCCAUGGGCGGCAAAGACGAUUCUCCCUCCGGAUCAAGUUCGCAAAUGGGACCCAUGACGCCAUCCGGAUCGGGUCCUCCGACACCAACGGGCGCUCAAAGUCUUCAAUCGAUGCAACAAGCGUCAAAAAACCUCAAGUCAUCGAUGCUGAGUCAAUCGCCGCAGCAACAAAAGCCUUCAAAUUUAAGCAGUAAAGAUUCCUCGUCGUCGAGCGAUCGCAAAUCAACGGGCUCCGAUGACAAAGACAUGCCUAAAAUAAAGCAAGAGGGACAAAAACCAACAAUGGAAACGCAGGGACCUCCGCCUCCGCCAACCUCGCAAUUCUAUUUACAUCCAUCGUUUGCGACUCCUUACCCUUUUGAGCCUGCAAUGUACCGCAAUAUGUUGGUGUCAGCACCAUUUAACGCGCCAGCAUAUCAUUUACCGCCGAUGGCUCGCAUCCCGCCUCCCGAAGACUUGUCUCGUGGUCCAAACACGAAAGCACUUGACUUGUUGCAGCAUCACGCAACGCAAUAUUACAACUCGCACAAAAUUCACGAGUUGUCGGAACACGGCAUGGAUCGUUCUCUCAAAUCGCCAACGAGCAAUGUGAAAGUUAGUGUCUCGAGUCCCAGCUUAACGGGCCCGCAAAGCGGAAAUUCCUCAAAUAACGCAAACGAACGCCCGAUUCCGCCAUCGCCAAAUCAUCCGCCGGGUCCUUCGCCGGGCCCCCCGGGCAGCAUGAAUCGCAACGAGACCCAAUCGCAGCCAAAAAACUUGGAAAAAACCCACAAUGAAGCGAGCGGUGUGGGUAACAAAGGCAAUAUUGCAUCCAACGAUGGUCCCGGAGGCACAGGCGAUCUCAAAGAUAGUGGCGGAAGAAGUCCUCCGCCUCAACGACACGUUCACACGCACCAUCAUACGCACGUCGGGCUCGGAUAUCCCAUGUAUCCUGCUCCGUAUGGCGCAGCUGCCGUUCUUGCGAGUCAACAGGCUGCUGCAGUCGCCGUUAUUAAUCCGUACCCGCCGCCGCCAUCGAAAUAAGUAAAAACGGAAAAGCUUCGCGAAUUCCGCAAACCUCAAUUCACGGAAAUCCACGACAAACAUUGAAAAAUGUCGCAAAAAGUGAUAAAAAAAAAAAAGAAAAAAUGCCAGAAACGAUCAAAAAUCAGAAAUUUGAUCAAAAAAAAUACCUUUCACACAGAGAAAAGACUUAAAAAUGUAAGUUAGGCAAGAAAUCUACUACUUCGGAAAGGAGCUCUUCCAUGUCUGUCUCUCAAAAACUCACAAAAAAAACGCAGGAAGAACAAAAAAAAAUUGUAAAUUUUAAACUUGUUAAUAUUUACGCCAUUUUUAAACCUUUUUUUAAAUUUAAUUUAAAAAAAAAAUUAAUAAAAAUAAUUUCUAAACAAAUUAACAAUAAAUAAGAGAUAAGGAAUUAACUAGUUUUUGUACAUGUUACUUAGAGAUAAAAUUAAAAAUUAAGAUAAAAACACGAGCAAGUUCACACAAACACACCAUUUGAUUGAUAAAAUAAUAAAAACUACUUAGAAACGUACCUUGACUAAAAAAAAAAUUUUUUUUUUUUGACAAAAAAU